AUGGAUCCCGCAUCACCUGCAGAUCCCGCCUCUUCUGUUGCUACUGCUUCUCUUGAUGCCUCAGGCGGCAAGACAGAUACCCCCUCUCAUGAACAGAUAGUAACACCUUGGGAUGUUCAUGGAUCUGUUUCAAGCGAUGGAAAGCAACAGGCAAUUGACUACGACAAGCUCAUUGAUCAAUUCGGGACCCGCAGAAUUGAUGCCAAAUUGCUUGAGCGCUUCGAAAAGUUGACUGGCCACAGACCACAUGUCUUGCUUAGACGCGGCAUGUUCUUCUCCCACAGGGAGUUCGACAAAAUUCUCGAUAGAUACGAACAAGGAAAACCGUUCUAUCUCUACACCGGUCGUGGACCAAGCAGCGACAGCAUGCACUUGGGGCAUAUGGUCCCUUUUGUGUUUGCGAAGUGGUUACAAGAUGUUUUCAAAGUCCCUAUUGUGAUUCAACUGACAGAUGAUGAAAAGUUCCUGUUCAAGCAUGAACUCAAGCCAGAACAAACCAAGGUUUUCUCGAGGCAAAAUGCGAAGGACAUAAUCGCCUGCGGUUUUGACCUUGAGCGCACAUUCAUUUUCAGCAAUUACGAAUACAUGGGCGGUGCCUUCUAUCAGAACGUCACCAAGAUUUCUAGGCAAAUCACCUACAACCAAGUGAAGGCCACGUUCGGAUUUACGGACUCGGACAAUAUAGGGAAAGUGCACUUCGCAGCAAUCCAAGCAGCACCUUCCUUUGCCACGACAUUCCCACAAAUAUUCGGUACCUCAUCUGAUAUCCCUUGUCUUAUCCCGUGUGCUAUUGAUCAAGAUCCAUAUUUCCGGUUGACGCGUGACAUUGCUCCAAAAUUGAAGCAUCCCAAACCUACGCUCAUCCACUCGAAAUUCUUCCCUGCUCUCCAAGGCCCGCAAACAAAGAUGAGCGCAAGCGAUCCGAACAGUAGCAUAUUUAUGACAGAUAAACCAAAUCAAAUAAAGAACAAGAUAAACAGACACGGAUUUUCGGGAGGGCAAGAAACCGAGGAGGAACACAGACGCCUUGGUGGUGACACUGAGGUCGAUGUCAGCUACCAAUAUCUCACUUUCUUCCUAGAAGACGACGAGAUAUUAGAGCGCCUUGGAAAGGAAUAUCGUGCAGGAUCUCUGCUAACUGGUCAACUCAAGGCCAAGUGCAUUCAGGAGCUGCAACGCUUCGUCUCGGAAUUCCAAGAGAGAAGAGCGAAAGUGACAGAGGAAGGAAUCAACGCUUUCAUGGAUGGCACACGCAAAAUUACGCUGGAGAUGAGCAAACCUGUCAUUCAAUCUGAAAUCCCGGCUGCAUGA